AUGCAAGGUGCAUAUGAUCUCUCGCUGGGGAAGAUGGCAGAGCCAUGUGAUUUCGAGACAGCAAUCGCUCAGACAGGUUUUGGUUGGUUCAACAUUAUGUUAAUGGCGGCGGCUUUCCUAUCGGCCAUGGUGUGCGUGUUUGACACAACUGCCAUGGCAUACGUCAUCCCGCUGUCGCAGUGCGACCUCAAGCUUUCCAGCAUUGACAAGGGAGCCCUCAACGCCAUCGGUUAUGCUGGAAUUGGCCUGCUCAUGCUGACGAAGAUCUGGGAGUAUGACACGGGCACGAUGAAGCUACAUCCCUGGCACGUGUUCGUCAUGGUGAGCUCGGUUCCCGCUCUCCUCGGGGCUGUUGUCUUCUCGCUCUUACCAGAGACUCCCAAGUUCCUCAUGGCGCAAGGACGGAAUGAAGAAGCGCUGGCCGUAAUGCGGAAGAUGUAUGCCACCAACACACGCACCCAUCCGGACACUUACCCGGUGGAGAGCCUGGUGGUGGAGACGCCGGGCGGCUUCCAGUCGCAGGAGGAUGGCACCGCGUCCGUCAAAGUGCUGCUGACCAGGGUGCUGACUGGCUGCCAGCAGGUGCUGCUGCUCUUCACCACGGAGCUCGUACGCUACACGGUCCUUGUCCUCUUCAUAGAAGGCUGCGCCCUCCUCAGCCUGAACACGGUGCGGCUGUGGCUACCGCAGCUGUUCACGACGCUGGAAGAGUUCUACGAGGCGCAGCGGCUGAGUGGCAACUCGACGCCAGUCUACAUGUGCGAUACUCUCACUGCCCAUCGGCUAGAAAAAAAAUGCCUCACCACAACUGUCGUCCCCUUAAAGACGGAAGGUCACAACGGCAGUGCUGCCGCAGGGGGCCGCUGCAAACCGUAUCUGACAAACGAGAGGGUCUACAUCAACUCAAUGAUCGUAUGCAGCAUUCCGGCGGUGGUAGUCGGUUUGAGUAGCAUCCUGGUGCGAUUAUUGGACUACAAGCGGGUUGUCAUCUUGUGCUGCCUGCUGAGCAGCGUCUUCUGCAUGUCGGUGUUGUGGUCCACGGGCUGGGUGACCACGGUGGCGCUGUUCACCACCUACUUGUCCAACGUCAACAUCGUCUGCACCUGUGUGCUCGGCGCCGUCGCCACCAUCUUCCCCACCAAGCUCAGGUUCGCAUCACCCAGUAGUAGCUGUUUUGACUGUUAA